UGUACUGUUCCCUCCUUCAGGCCUCCACCUCUCCUCCCCUCCUCCUCUCUUCCCCGCCUCCUCUCUUUCCCUCCCAGCAACAGAUGAAGGCCUUUCUGUGUACUGUCAUGCCCUGGGCCUGGUUUCCUGUUCUAAACCUCUAUCUGAAGAGGUUGUUUGGGAACUGGGAGGCUCCGAUGAGGAGGAUCAUGAAACUGAUUGCCGGCGGAGGCUUGUCAAUCACUGACUCCCACACCAUGUGUGGAGACUACCUGUAUAACGGCCACAUAGUCAUUCUAACGCUAACUAUCUCUUUAUCAAAGAGUGAUUCCCCUAAGAGGUUUUGGUGGUACCACUGGUUUUGCUGGACUCUGAGUGCAGUGGGCAUCUUCUGCAUCCUGCAGGCCCAUGACCACUACACUGUGGAUGUGGUGGUGGCCUACAAUCUCACAACACGCCUCUUCUGGUGGUACCACACCCUGGCCAACCAGCAGGCGCUGAAAGAGACAUCCCAGAGCAACCUGUUCUCCAGAGUCUGGUGGUAUCGACAGUUUCAGUACUUUGAGGAGAACGUCAAGGGUAUUGUCCCUCGGAAUUAUCAGCUGCCGUGGUCAUCAUGGCGAUCGUCUUCCUGGAGCCGGUGGAUGAAGUACAGCAGACUGGACACCCAGUGACCCAGGUCAAGUGACAGGGGUGGGAGAGACCAAGAGAUUUCCUGAAGUUGUGAUCUUCUGAAAGAAAAGAUGGCGUCGCAUCAUGUCACCAAGCCAGUGCUGUUCCAUUCACCUGUAGGGCUCAUAUCAGUCAAACCACAGUCCAACUGGUUAGGACUGUGACCCUAGUCUUACUUUAGCUCUCUAAAUCAUUUUAUUUUGGAAAAGUUGAUCAUCAAUUUUUUUCUUGGGACACUUUGCAAUUGCUGCUUUGUCUGCAGCAGGUCUGGCUAAUAUUUCAAUAUUAUAUUGAAAUUAUUUUUGUUCUGUUUGACCAUGGCUGUAACAAGUAGUUUAGACUUUUUUUUUCUCUGCAAAUAAAUGUUUUUGCAAUUCUGGUCCAAUAAGGUCUACCAAGUGCAAAUCAUGUCACUGAAAUGUUUAUUUGAUCACCAAAAUGCCAUACGCUGUCUUGGAGAGUUUUAAAUGAAAAACAUUAUUUCUUUUUUAACAAAUUACUUUUUUGUCAAAUAAAACUUUAAAAUGGUGCAAUUUCUUGGGGACUUUUCUAACAAUUUCAAUAACUUCAAAACGAGUGAUGGCCAAAAAAAGUUUUUUUAGAUUUGUACCUUUUUCAAGAUGGAACACUAAAAGCUGAAUCAUCUGUGGAAUUUAUAUUUUUUCCAGUGCCUUCCUUAGCUUGAUUGUACUGUGUUCCUCUGCCUCUUGCGUGUCAGUCUGGCUGUCCACAAGG